AUGUAAGACUUAAAGAAAUCAAUUCAUAAUACCUAUUGGGAUGAGGAUGAUGAUGAUGAGUUGCUUGAUUACUAUGUCAGAAAAUCUUAGAAGGAAAGCGAAGAAAAUCUUAAGGAAAUCCAAGAGUUGAUAAAGAUGCAAAUUUGUGAAAUAAUUAUGGCUAAUAGAAUUCAUUUAAACUUCGGUUUCAUAGAUAUCGUUUAACAUUGCUAAAGCAUUUCUGAAUUCGCAAUAAAUCUGCUCAAACAAAAGUUAAACAAUUAAAUGGAUUCAAAUGAAAUUUUAAAUUCAUAGAGCAAGAUCUAGACAUUUGAAUUAUGCAAAAUUAUAAAGAAAAUAAAUCAUGAGUAAUCCCAAGUGUAAAAGAAAACUGAUGUGGAAGAAAUAAUAACUUAAGAGCCUUAAUAGAUAAAGGUAUAAGUUAAAGAAUUAACUGAAGAAUUAAAAGAAGAAGAGGAUUUAAUUCUCUAAAAUCCACAGGAGAUUUUAUAGAGUGAAUAGAAAGUGCCAAAAAUAAAGAAAUAGAAAUAAAUCUUUUAGAAAAAGAUCACUCUAGAUUUAGAUUCUAAUAUUGCCAAGAAACUUGGAAUCGAACAAGAAAUAUGGAGUUUAAAGAAACAGGGAAAGAAUAUAAUUAAGUAUCUAAAAUUGAAUUAUAAUCAGUUAAAUGCAACACUGAGCUCAGAGCAAGAAAGUAAUGUUUAAAAGUAAGAGUUAAAAAUCAAUGGGCUAAAAAUCUUGAGCGAGACCAUAUCAAUAAAAGAUGCAAAACCAAAUGAAGAUCUUGAAAUUCUGAGACAAUUCUUUUCAGCACAUCCGAAAAUGAAUAGCAAUAUUUAUUUAGAAGCCUAAAGUAGAAAAUCAGAGGGUCAUGGAUUCAAUAGAAAAGAGGCAAUUAUAAUCUAUUGCUUUGAGAAAUAUUAAGACUAAUUGUAAGAUAUUUCACAGAAAUUAGAGAAAUUUAUAUCCCAAGAAAUGAAACAAGAGUAUCAGUUGUUUAAUGUAGACAACUAUAUAGACAGAGCAAGAAGAGAACUUUACUAUGAAUAUCUUUAAAAUUAUCAAGUCAUUGAGGAUAUUCUUCUAAAACAUGAAAUAAUCACAGAUUUAUCUUAUAGUUAGCCACCUAAUCUUUCCAUUACCGGCAAGUUUUCUAAGAAUUAAUUUGAGAAAAUAGUGUGUGAACUGAUUGAUGUGCAAGAUUCUCUCAAUUUAUUUAAGAUUUAAGUGCCCUGUGACUUCUGCUUUGUUUCUAAAACUUAAUUUCAAAAGUAAGGCAUUUAAGAUCAAAUAAUCGAGAAGUACUAAGUACUAAUAAAGUUAUUCAAAGAAAUAAAUGGCCUCAAUAUUUACGAAAACUAGACAUUUUAUAUUGAUGUAGCGUAUGAAGGAAACAUCUUCAACAUUCAGGAGUAUGUGAUUGUUGGGGAUCAUCAAAUGGUAAACGAUGCUUGUGAUCACAUCAAUCAAAUUUAUAAUGGAAUCUUCUAAGAAAGGAUAAGAUUUGAGUAGUUUUUAACUCAGAAUGUUAAGAAAGAAUUUAAUCAAAAAUUGUUGGAGCUAUCCUAGUUGACAAAAGCUCAUAUCAAGGUGAUAAAUGUAGAGCCUUUAAAUGUUUGGGUUAUUUCUGAUCAAUAAAGAAUUUUAGAAGAUGUAUCUAAUCAAGUUAAAUAACUUAUUACUACUUUGAAGGAGAAAGAUGAUGGCCAGAAUGUCGAAAUCAAAGUAGACUAAGCUUUCGGAGAUUCAAAUUUUAUGAAAAGAAUAUUCGAACUAAAAUAAGGCUUAAAUUUGUUGCACCAACUAUAAGAACAAUAUCAAUUAGAAAUAUCCUACUCGGACAAUAAGUUUACAUUAGUAGGAGGGAGAGUUGAGGAUAAGAAAAAUGCUGAGAAAGUUCUAAGAAAUGAACUUGCAAAGCUAAAAGAGCUUAUCAUAGAAGAAGAAGUGAGGGAUCCUGACUUGAUCUGGACAUAUGAACAAAGAAAUCCAUAGUAUUGGGAGAACCUUGCUAAAGUGAAAAUAAGUUUAGAACUAAGGCAAUAGAUGGAUUAAUAGCCCUAAUAAGAAUAUGAGAUAUUUAAAUAAAAAGCAAGAAAGAAUUAUAUUAUCAUUGAGGAGACCUUAUAUUAGUGGUCAUACAAAGUUUUCCCUACUGAUCAUAACUAUAGUCUAAGAACAGACUUGAUUGGUAACUGGUUUGAUUUUGAUUCAGACUAGAAUGACUAAAUCGAGGCCCACUAUCAGUAUUGUGUAAAAAGCAAUAUGUAUGGAUUGAAAUAUACAGUAGUUGGUGACUCUUAAUAAAAGAAAAAUGGAUUUUAGUAUCACGUUUAUGGAAAGAACCAUGAUAGUAGUACUUGGUUUGAAGAAAAUACAUAAACUAAAAGAGUGAGACCUCUUAAUCGAAGAGUACUUUAGACUAUUUUCAGAGAAAAAUAUGAUAGCGAAAGUGAAGAUGAGGAACUUAAAGAAGAAGCAAAAAUUAUUAAGAAUAAUAACUUAAAGAAAAUGAUCUAAAAUUAAGAAGUCCUUGUCGUUAAAGGCCUCAAAGAAGAUAUUUAAAAAUUGCUAUCUUUACUUUAAUCAUACUAUGAUGAUCCUGAGAAUCAUCCAGAGAUAUUAAAGUUGAAGCAGUUUUCCAAUCUCAAUAUUUAAAACAUAAAACAAGAGUUAAGUGAAUAUUUCAAUAAGACUUUUGCGAGAGAGUCAUAUAUAUUUGAAGACUUAGGUAGUGGUACCUAAAUUAAAUUUAUUGGAAAAAAUGCAAGUUAAAUUAAAUCAAAAGCUCAAGAACUCCUUAAUGGUUUGAACUAGAUAAAGUUUCCUCCUUAUUGGUAAAAUGUUGUGAAAACUUAUUUAAAAGAUCAAGGACUGGACACUUACAUAGUCCCAUAGUUAUCUAAGGAAUUUAAAGAUAUCUAUGCUACGUUUGCACAGUAUCAAAUGAAAGUCUUGAAGAUAAAGAGGAUCUAGAAUAAAGGUCUAUGGUACUUUUUCUAGUAAGAAGCUUUAUUUAUCAGAAAGAAAAAUUAGAAGGAACCUAUCAUUAAAGAUCUAUUUCAUGGAACCACAUCUAACAAACCAAGUAUGAUUUAUAAAAGCUAGGACUCUCUUGAUGUAAGAUUUAGUCAGAGGGGAAUGUGGGGUUUUGCUCUAUAUUUCACUGAAAGUUUAGGUUAUAUCGAUAAAAAUGGUUAUUCUUACAAAAGCAAAUCUAAGGAUAACACUCCAAAGAAAAAGGUUUUCAUGGCUAAAGUUCUGCUUGGAGAGAGUAAAAAGAUGCCACCUUAUAAUGAUUUGAGAUUUCCUCCUUUAAUGCCUGGUGAGACUACAAAAAGAUAUGAUAGUAUAACUGGAAAUACCAAGCAAACUCAGGUAUAUAUGAUUUAUGGAAACAGAUAAGUUUAUGUUGAAUAUGUCAUUAAAUAUGUUAUGAUCUGA